CCCAAGAAUCCCAAAACCUCAGCAUUACCACCAGGCCCAAUGGGCCUCCCCUUGGUGGGCAACCUCCUCUCCCUCGACCCAGAAGUUCCAGCCUACUUUGCAAGCCUGGCCCAAACCUACGGCCCAAUUUUCAAGCUCAAACUCGGAAACAGGCUUGGUAUUGUAGUGACCUCUCCGCCUUUGGCCCGCGAAGUCCUCAAAGAAAACGACGUCACUUUUGCCAACCGCAAUCCGCCAGACUUGGUCCAAAACACCGAAUAUGGUGGACCGGACAUCGUUUGGAGCCCGUACGGGCCGGAGUGGCGCAUGUUGCGGAAAGUAUGCGUGCUCAAGAUGCUUAGCAAUACAACGUUAGACUCCCUUUAUUCCCUCCGCCGCCGUGAGGUACGAAAAACCGCCAGCGAAUUAUAUGGCCGGGUCGGGUCCCCUGUUGAGGUGGGUGAACAAAUAUUUUUGACAAUACUCAAUGUGAUUACCAAUAUGUUGUGGGGUGGCACGUUGGAGGGUGAAGAGAGGGCUAAUUUGGGUUUAGAGUUUAGAGAGGUGGUCACCGGGACAACUGAGCUUCUAGGAAAGCCCAAUAUUUCGGACUUUUUUCCGGGCCUAGCCCGGUUUGACUUGCAAGGGUUAAAGAGGCAAAUAGAUGGGCUGGGCUGGAGGUUAGAUCAUAUAUUUGAGAAGGUGAUUAGUCAACGGGUGAAGAUUGAGAGAGAGGGUGUGAAUGAGAGCAAUAAGGACUUCUUGCAGUUUUUGUUAAGAUUGAAAGAUGAAGAAGAUUCCCAGACUCCUUUGACCAUGAGGCAUGUUAAAGGCAUACUAACG